CGCCGGAUUGCGCAUUGGUUUGGGAGAAGGAGGAGGGGGGUGGGGAAAUCUCUUCCGGGAUUGCGGUGGUUUUUGGAACCUGGAGCCGGGACGCGGGACGCGGCGCGCGGAAUGUGAAGAAUUCCGUGCUGGCAGCGGUGGAACAUUCGGCGCCCUCGCGUUCGGAGCGAGCCUCGGCGCGCGGCCGGUGCUGGCGGGGCGGCGGCAUGAAAUUCCUUUGAGCCAUACUUGUCUGAUGCUAUAAUGUGCUGACCAGUCACUAUGGGCAGACGAUACCCAGGAGCUUAUCAUCGUCCAAAUAGUGAAUUUGAAGACUCUGUGGACACUAUGUCAGUGUUCCUUGCCACCGCCAACAGCCAAACUGAUAUAGUGAAUCGCAACAGUUCAGCUACUCCGCCAAAUACACUCAACCUUCGCUCUUCCCACAAUAAAUUGGUAAACUCAGAAAUAAAGAACACAGAAGUCAAGAACAAUACUCCUCCAAAAUGCAGGAAGAAAUAUGCCUUGACUAAUAUUCAGGCCGCAAUGGGCCUGGGAGACACAACAGCAGUGCCAGUUACAGCAAACAACUCCAAUUCCAAACUGGCGAAGAACGGAGAAAACCAGCUGCGUAAAGCAGCAGAGCAGGGCCAGCAGGACAUGAACAAAAACAUCAGUACAAAUGUUGUUAAAAACAUAAUUUCAGAAAAAUUAGAGGGUAAGGAGCCAAGCUUGCAAGACCCAUCUUGCACUGAGCCCUUGACAUCACAGCCAAGGAAGAGCAAGAGCUUUCUCAAUUACUAUGCAGACCUGGAAUCAUCCACUCGUGAAUCAGAGCAAAACUAUGGCACCGGCUCGGGUGAGGAAAAUGCUGAUCAGUUUCAUGAUAAAACUACAGCAAGCAAUAAUGUGGCCAGUGACGAAAGUGUGUCUGCCAGUCCUGAAGAUUGUCAAAUGGCCACUAUUUCCUCCGGUUCUGAAACAAAGAAAGCUCCAUCUAGAUUCGGAGGGAAAACUGACUGUGCGUUAAGUAAAAUGCAGAACAUGGCUCCCAGUGAUGAAGAUUCAAGUUGGACCACCCUGUCUCAGGACAGUGCUUCAUUGAGCUCACCUGAAGAAACGGACAUAUGGAGCGAUCAGUCAUUUCAGACUGACCCUGAUCUCCCACCAGGAUGGAAGAAGAUCACUGAUGUUGCUGGCAUCUAUUAUUGGCAUAUACCAACUGGCACUACCCAGUGGGAGCGACCAGUAUCUACAUCAGCAGAGGUCCCAGACAUACGAAAAGGGUCAUUGAGUUCAAUAACCCCUUCUCCCACUCCAGAAAAUGAGAAACCUUGGACUGACUUUGCUGUACUGAAUGGUGGAAAGAUUAAUAGUGACAUUUGGAAGGAUCUCCAUGCUGCUACUGUAAAUCCAGACCCAAGUCUGAAAGAGUUUGAGGGAGCAACAUUACGCUAUGCUUCUCUGAAACUGAGAACAGUACCACAGUCUGAGGAAGAUGGUUCCUGCACUAUCAACAGUGACCCAGAAGCAAAGUGUUUUGCUGUGCGUUCCCUGGGUUGGGUGGAAAUGGCAGAGGAAGACCUGGCACCUGGCAAGAGUAGUGGUUGCUGUGAAAACUGCAUCCGUCAGCUCUCCUAUUGCAAAAACGACAUCAGGGACACAGUUGGGAUUUGGGGAGAGGGUAAGGAUAUGUACCUCAUCCUGGAAAAUAACAUGCUGGACCUAAUUGACCCCAUGGAUCGUACUGUUCUCCAUUCUCAGCCGAUUGUGAGCAUUCGGGUGUGGGGUGUUGGUCGUGACAAUGGGCGGGAUUUUGCUUAUGUAGCAAGAGAUAAAGAUACACGAAUUCUAAAAUGUCAUGUGUUCCGAUGUGAUACGCCAGCAAAAGCCAUUGCAACCAGUCUUCACGAAAUCUGUUCAAAGAUUAUGGCAGAACGGAGGAAUGCCAAAGCUGUGGCUUGCAGUGUCUCUCAGGAACGAGUCAAUGUGAACCUCGAUGUUCCUCUACAAGUAGAUUUCCCAACACCAAAGACGGAACUGGUACAGAAAUUUCACGUGCAGUAUCUUGGAGUGUUACCUGUGGCCAAACCAUUAGGAAUCGAAAUAUUGAAUGGAGCAAUUGAGAGCUUAAUGGCCACAACUAACAAGGAAGAUUGGAUAUCUGUGAUUAUGAAUGUUGCUGAUGCCACUGUUACAGUGAUAAGGCAAAAGGAUGAAGAUGAGGUUUUGUUGGAGUGCCGUGUUCGUUUCCUGUCAUUUAUAGGAGUGGGGAAGGAUAUCCAUACCUUUGCCUUUAUUAUGGACACAGGAAAUCAGCGUUUUGAAUGUCACGUCUUCUGGUGUGAGCCGAAUGCAGGAAAUGUUUCUGAGGCUGUGCAGGCUGCAUGUAUGCUUCGAUACCAGAAGUGCUUAGUAGCAAGACCUCCUCCUCCAAGGAUGUGCCCUACAGGUCCACCAACAGACUCUGUCACAAGGCGUGUCACAACCAGUGUAAAACGUGGGGUUUUAUCUCUCAUUGACACUUUGAAACAAAAGAGGCCAGUAUCUGAAUCACCUUGAAGAGGAUCUGGAUUGAUCCUUUUAGACACCAGAGUCUAGUAACAACUGACAUAACACAUGAUCCAUGCAGAUGUUGGGCCUUCAAGUUAUAUAUGCUGAUCCUCUUCAACAUAUUGUUUAUUGUCAGAUUUAAUGUAAGCAUGUUAUUUCAUUCCUUAUCAUGGCAUCGUAUUGGGAGGUGCAUGAAUAACUUUCUGCUAACAGCAUUUGAGUUCAUUAAUUGAUGGAAGGUGUCUGGAAUUUCUGUAAGCCUUGGACUAAGUGGUGCCUAGUUUGUCUCACUGACUACUAAAGCUGGAAUUCUCACAACCAACAUUACACCAAAAGUAUUUACUAGUGCACUUUUUCUGUCACUGACACUGGUGUAACAUAGUGGUGUAUAGACUAUAAUAGAACUGUUUCCUUUGAGUCAGUAGAAACCUGUUCGCCAUUGCAGUUGUGUUAUCACGUGUACCUAAUAAGGUGAUCGAGAGUGACCCCCUGUGAUUUAUCUGUUUGUGGAGGAAGUACUAACUGAAUCAAAUUAGACCAAUGUUGAAACAUAGGGAUAUGUAGUUUGCCAGUAUUGUCAGCAUUGAUAAACUCAUUUCAUAAUCAUUGUUGCCAUGAUAUACAUUUUCCCUACAACCUAGAGGAAAAAUUAGCCAUAAACUUGUUCUUAACUCUGAUUUUUUUUCCCCCCAUAAUGGUUUAUUUAGCUUUAUUUAAAAAGUUACAUUUUGCUAAUUAGAAACCAUAUUAGUUGGUGGUUGGACCAUUCAUUGUUGAAUUCUGCUUUAUUGCCAUAUGUAACAUCAUUUGGAAGUAUGCCAAGAAUAUCUGGGAGUAUUCCAACCCACCAUGGAAUGGAGUUUGGCUGUUUAUUAAAUACCAUAUUUAUCUACCCUAGCUGUACUGUAUAGACACGUUAACAGUAGUUUCCUCCUGCAGUGGGAUGGGAAGGAUAAGUGAGGGAUAGGGAAAAGGUGAAGAGACUGUAUUGAAGAUUCUUUGAUAAAAUCAUGAUUUAGUCACUACAUUUCACAGAUCACAGAACAGGGAAACUUGGGAUCAUUACAUUUUAAUUGUACUGAAUAGGCAAACUGAAUUAAACUGCUAAAUGCUUUAGACAAAGUCAAUUGUGAACAUUUGAGGAGGGUUUUUUUUGUUGUAGAAUGAAUCGAGUUGAAUUCCUUACACAAGUUUCAGUUGUAAAGCACCUGUUACAAAAAUGCCAAUUCAAUUGUCUCACUUCGUAUUUUACUUCAGCUGUGGAAGUUGGAUUUUAAUUCAAGGCUGAAUAAAUAACAGAAUUACAAAAUACAAAGAAAAGUAACAAAUUAAUGUCAUUCACCUAAUGAACAGAAGGUACAUGAGACUGAUCAGGGCAAAGAGGUUUCAGCUGAGAUGAAAAUUGCUAGCAAUGCAGCAUCCAAUUCAAGAGAGUGAUGCUAAUAUAGAAACUAACGGCAGCAGUAACCAUGGGGAUGAAGGUUUCUUACCUGUGACUGUAAGCACGUGCACAAUUAGUGAGUGACCAGUAAACCCAAAGAGCUAAUAAACAGAUUUCACUUUCAGAUCAAUUUACCUCACAGAAUGGUGGCGGGUAUUAGUAGUGUAUUAUCUGUAGCUAAUGCUUUUCAAGAAAUCCCAGUCUCACUUCCUAUUUUAACUGUAUCAAAAAGUUUUGCUAGCUUCAAAAUCAGUUAACACUGAUAUUUGCCUUUUCUAAUUUCAUGCUGUAUUGGACAAAAUGUAAAUGUUUUUGGUAGUCUCCAGUUGUUCGGAAAAAGAAAUUCAAAUUGUAAGCUCCCCUUUAAAGUCCAGUUUGCAUUAUUGUUGUUGGGAGGAAGGAGAUGCCCGCAAGUGCAGUUGUAAUUGCUUUUAUCAAAAUGUUUGCAAGCUGCCAGUUCACAAAUGGAAGCUGCACAUUGUAGGAGAAUGUUGUAUGUUACAUCAGAGAUCACAAGAAGUGUAGGUAGUGCUUUUAUAAAAUAUUUAAAAUAGACAUUGCAGAAAAGACAAAUCUGUGUUAAAGAAUGCAGAUUGGAUUUGACCAAAUGUUCUGUAUUUGGAAGUAAUCUUUCUGUCAAUUUGGUAAAACAGCCGUAACCAAGCCAUUUCUUUUCUUGUUUCCUUUUGUUGCUAUAUAAGGUAAAACUUGUUAUAGAAUAUUAGUACUUAUUUUUUAUUUUUUUAACAAGUAGACAAGCUGUUGUAACUAGAUUAUAGACAUUAUCUAUGCAUCCAUUAUAAGCAGUGACUUUCUAGAAAAAUUGCUGUGUCACUGCUAUGCAUGCUAUAUAGCUAUCGUAAGCAAGACAGCAAGUGAACUUUAAAAAAAACACAUAUUACUGAAAAUAUUUUUAUUUUAUUUAUUGUAUUUUAUAUUGAACUUUGCUAAUUAUGUUGUAUUAUGUUCUAUUGUAGGGUUUCACAGUGUAGCUAGCACUUAAUUAAUCUCUAAAUACUGUAGACUGACACGAAGGUAAUUAAACAUUAGUUUUUGUAUUCAUUCAUUACAGUGAGCCAAAGUACUGUUGUGAUACAGGAACAAAGCCAGCUUAAAGAUGUUUUGGUUUAUAAUAAUUGUGGGUCUUGAAGCAAGCACUGGGAGUUGAUCAAAUAGGCAGUUUUUGAUUUAUCCCUUUAUGGUUCUCGACCCUCCUACCUGUUUUAAUUAUGGGUAAACAAGCAUUUUUUUUAUAAUGCAGGAACUUAGCAGCUUCAGAAAUGAUUUUGGUUAUCCCAAUGUAUAUUAACUUAUAAUUAUUUUGGUAUUUGUGCCUGUUACACCACAUGUAAGCUUUCUCAUUGAAACCAAGUAAAUGUGGAAUGUAAUCAUGGAUUCUGCGGAUGGCUGUCUGGUUUUACUAUCUUGUGCAUAGAUCUGAUGAGCAGCUUCUAAUUAUGUAACUUGCCCUUUGACUUAUAACAUUUUACAAAGAAAAGUUGCAAGUUAAAUGUAAACCCUGUAAGGCCAGCUUUAUUAUCUACUUCUUAUAACCAGGAGUACUUGCUAGAGUACUGAUCAGAGAGAAUCAAGACUACUAUUGUAUUCUUGUGUCCCACUUUCUCUCCCUACAAGCAUGUAUUGCUAAGUUAAGAGUGCAGGAUGUUCAACUAUUGUGUUCCAAAGAUAUGAUUGGCAAAUAUUGCAAUGUUUUCCUAAAAUUGCAUUGGAGGAAUUUGCGAUUAUACAUAUGGUACUGUAAUAAAAAAAAGAAAAUGCUGUAAGCUCUCACUCAAUCAGGCAGCAUCUGUGGAAGUAGAACCGGAGUUAAUGUUUCGGGUUGAAAACCCUCCAACAUCUGCAAUUUCUGAUAUACUUAUGGUACUAUUUUACUUAAUGGUGUAUUAUGCCAGUAACCAGUGUGUCAUGCUGGCAAUGAGCCUUGUCCCCAGAGUUCAUACGUCCUUCCCACAGUUACAAUGUGCUCAGUGGCAGCAACAAAGGCUACUUGAUUCUGAUUGUAUGUACAGAGAAUAUCUGCUCUAAGAAUGCUGGACUAAGUUUUUGAACCAUGAGUGGUUGGACUUCAUUUCCUGUUGCAGAUUAACUGACUUAAGUAGAAUGCAUAGCAUUAGCAGAACAGAUUGUCUUAAGUGUCAGCCAGAGGAUGGACUGCUGUCACAAAUUCAAGCUGCAGUGAGGGCCUUUUAAAUUGACAUUGCUCCAAGACCCUCUUUUAUGGCACAAUGUUGGUGCAUAGGGCAGAGCAAGUGCAACACAUUGUUGUCUUUUUCCCCCAUUUAGAAGUGCUUGUUGGAGUGACUCGCAUUCUAUAUUCCAACCACUGCUGAAAUUGCGGAUUUAGCUUUGAUAUCAGCAGCCCUCCAAAAUGUUUGGUCAUCUUGAAUAUAACAUUGCGAUGAGCCUGAGCUGUGCAGCUCAGAAGCCACUGAAGCCUGAUAUUUUAUCUUUUAUUUUAAUCCUUAUAACUAUGUACAUUUAUUGCUAUGGAAGACUUAGAGCUGUAUAUUAGGCCAUUAAGCAGCUGAUUUACAGUAUAAUAGCUGUUCUAUUCUGCUUCCCACUGAUUUUACACCUGUAAAUGUAAUCCAUUGUGAGAAUAAACUGCAUAUACAGAA